CCCCAUUUUCUCUCUCUUUAUCUCAUUUUCAGUCUCUCCAUUUCUCUCACUAUACUUUCUCUCUCUCUUUCUCAUUUUCUCUCUCCUCUUUGGAGAAUCGAAACCUCAUCUCUAAAUUAAAACCCAACAAAAAUAAAAUUAAACCCAUAAAAAAGUUAGGGUUUUUAGCAAUAAUUUCUCUCUCAAAUUCAGAAAAACACCUUGUUUAAUCUCAUCUCGUCUUAAUUAAUUAAAGCUCUCACCUUUGAGUCAGUAGAUGAUGGAACAACUCUAAACGGCGCCGUUUCAGAUCCAAGUCAAGCCCGACAACCCGACCCGAUUGAUUUUUGCCUCAUUUCUCAGCUGACCCAGGAAUCUCAUCAAGAAACUUCUGAAGGUUUAGCUUAUGUAAGUUUGGACAAUUCGACAUGGCUAGUGCUGUUGGGGAGUUAAAUCAGCUAAGUGACUCUAGUCUUGCUACCAAAUCCACAAAACCGCCUGCUCGAAUGAAUGUGUUACCUCUAAAUAGACCUACUGCUGAGAAAAACGGCGAGGUUACAGCAAAGUGCAGCCAUUUUUCCAUACGUGGAUAUGUAUCAGAAGUACGCAAAAGGGAUCCAAAACUUUGCUAUCCAUUUUCUCUGAAGGACUCCACCGAACCACUGUCUAUGGAGUUGCCACCUAUGGUAGUUCCCAAGUUUAAGUGGUGGAAGUGUGUGAGUUGUGUCCCAGAAACUCGUGUUGCUAAUAAAAAAGCUCAUGAGACUGAAGAAAAUGCUGAUGCUUCAGUGUCUCUAGUGGGGAAAUUCUCAAAGGUCAAUUCUUCUUGCUUACAAAAUGCUGAAGCUAAUACCUCUAUUAAUUCAAACGACAACAGAAAUUAUUCUCCAUUCAAUGUGUGUGCUGAUCCAAAAGGAAAAGGCAAAGCUCAUGUUGAAGACGAGCCUACAUUCCCCUCAGCAUGGAAAAAUGGCUUUCUCAAGGAUUCAAGCCAAGCGAUUUUGCGGAGAACUAAUGGUGAAUGUGAAGUUAGGCUAGCUACCAGUAGUAAAGCAGUUGAACUUGGACCAAGAUGCAAUGGAGAUGCAGUCAUCAAUGAUCUUCAGAAGGACAAUAGAGUGGAGGGAUUUGAAGCCGGACCUUCUCAAGGAUAUGCGAACCACAAUGGAAAGUGUGCCAUUGAAAACUGUCAUGUAAAACCACAGGCUUCUUCGGAGGACAGGCGUGCAGAAUUACCAACCAAUGAUAUGGGAGUACAGGUAGCUGGUUUAGCUGACGGACCUAUUAAUGACAGAAGAGUUCGUGUAGUGAACUUGCCAGAUUUAAACGAGUGUAGUGGAGAGCCUCUGUGUGAUGAAAAUAUUGAGCCCAUGAUUACAAAUAGUGGUGGAGAACCUCUCCAUGAUGAAAAUAUCGAGCCCAUGGUUACUAAUAGUGGUGGAGAACCUCCAAAUGAUGAAAAUAUUGAGCCCAUGAUUACUAAUAGUAAUGAUGAUGUGUUGUGUGAAGAUGAUGACGAUUAUUUGGGGGCUGAGCGCCGUAAAAAUCCUAAGGUACGAUUUCUGGUCGAUUUAUUGGGUUUAAAUAAAACCCAAACCCCCCCCAAUCCUCCCAUGGGGAAAAGGAAAAACCCUUCUCUGACUAGUUCUCUGGAUGAGAAUGGUAAAAGAAUGAAGGUGGGUUCUCAGGAUGAGGGAUCAAAAUCUAUAGACAUCAAGGUUUUGAAUAAUGGAACCAAGAAGGUGACUGAAACUACUGAAAUAUCUGAUUCGGAUGAUGUAUCAAUGGAUACAAUGUCGAAGGCUAUGGGAAAAAGGCAGAGCAAGUCUAGAACUCCUUUGCAGGAGAAGAUGAACAAGAAGAGUAAAAUCGACCAUGAUGGUUCUUCUUCAUUAUCUCGGCAAAAGACCAUGUCCAGAUCCGCAGGUAAUGAAAAAGGAAAAUCUACUGAGAUUCUGCCUCAAAAAAGUGAUGUUUCUGACAAGCUAGUUGAGAGAAGUUCAGUUGUGACCAAGAAGAGAGGCAAACUCCAUCAUCCAAGAAAGGAGGCAGGUUCUGUUAUUCCCUGCAACAACAGGAAUACCAAAGACUCUGCAGCCACCCAAAAAAAUGUUGAUGCAGAGAAAAUCUCUGACCAGAAGGAUCAAAUUUCUUCUGAAAGUGUUUACCCCCUCUCCAGAAACUAUCCUAUUAAGAGGAACAGUCAGGUGCGUGAUCUUCCAGGGGAAAAUGGGUCUCUUUCAUCAUCUCAGGCAGAACCUAUGCUUGUUGACGGCAGCAGUGUGAGGAAACAUCAAGAUAACAGAAAUAAUGUUGGAGAGGCUAGUGUAGAUUCUAGGACUACUGCUGUUGGCCGUACUCCUGAUACAGGAACUCCAUUUGAUGGAAAUGGUGAGAGAAGCACUGUUGCAAAGGCGAAUUUGAAGGGGAAGCAAGCCAUGACCCCUGAAGCCGAAGAGGGCAGUUCUCUGGCACGGGAUAUGCGUUUGCAGGUGACUAGCUCAGAUGUUAAUCAGAGGGCACCGACCAAUGAAGUUCGAGGGCGCGUACAUGAUAUUGAUAUCAAUAGUAUCCCAACAGAUGACAAAGUAACAGAACAAGGUGAUACUGAUGAAAUACCCAUGGAUAUUGUUUUGCUGUUGGCUCAGAAUCAACAUGAGAGAGAACUGGGAAAACUGGAUGACCGUAAAGAGGAGCAUCGUAAUCCAUCAUCUUCUGGUAGUUCUGGAAGAUGCAUUAGGGAUAACGGAACCAAUGGUUCAUAUGGAGAAAGCAGGCAAUUCAGACAACCCCAUUUUCUCAGCAUGCGAACGCCACUAGGUACUGAUGCUAGAAACAGCAUGGCUAAUGGAAAUGCAGGUCAUAUUCCAGACUUAAACAGGAAUUCUCAGAGUGUUCCAAGCAGUCUUCCCAGAGAAAACCCAAUAUCUGCUAGGUUUCUUUCCCUUUCUCAGGGCCGAGAGCACGGUCCCCCUUACCCUGGCUAUGAUCUGACUCUAAACAAUUGGAAUGGGACUAUCAAUGUGGGAACAACACAAAGGUACCCUUCGAGUUUUCUCCAAGCAGUGGAGUCAUAUAGACUUGGACUGAGUGCACCGAGACAGAAUACUACUGAUGCCUCCAGUGUAUGGCCUUCUGUGGUGACAAGAAGCAUGCCUUUAGGAAGUGCAAACCCGCAGAUGAUCCCCCAAGGCUCCAAUGCUCUAAAUAAAGGGAAACUCCAUCAUCAGACAUCUGGCAGCAUUUUAAAUUUCAAUGCCUCUGCUGCUGCUAGCCGCGGAAAACAGCAGAGCCUUAAUUUCUCAAAUGGCUAUAGCGUUGGAGAGAGUUCUGGCGGGUCAACUGAUAAGUAUACCAGUGAUGCUGUUUCUGCAAUGCAUUUACUGACCCUAAUGCAAAAUGCAGCAAAAAUGCAUACAACGAAAAUGCAAAAUGCAACCCUGUCCUUGGGCCCUCAAAACAUGGUGCGGCCUGCAAGCUCAAGGCAGCCCUUCAUGGAGAAUGGUAGAACUCCGGGUGUGCAAGACAACUCUCGUCAUCCUUGUUAUCCUGCUGCCAUUCCCACAGGCCGUCCUUUUUCACCACCAUUUCAGAGUGAUGGGUCCAGCAUUAGCAGGAAUAAUAAUGCAGGCUUUGCAGGGCACAUUCCAUUGACAUUGCGAGGGCAGCGGAACAUGGAGAGCUCCCAUUUUGCCCUUCAAAGUGGAGACCACCGACCUCAAAGACAACAAAUGGGUUCUCCCCUGCAGAAUGGGAGGGAUAUCUCUGUCAUUUCGCGCCCCUCCUAUGUCAACCCUUUGCAAGGUAUGCCGGAUGCUGCACCUAAUUUUCUGAGAAGAGGUAAUGUCAGGCGUGAAGAGAAUGUCAGGCGUGAAGAGAGGGCUGUUGCUCCUGUCCCUGAGACAUUAGUUUGCAGAUUGAACCAGAACCCAAGUGAGCUAAGCGCGGAGGUGAUGAAUGAUUAUAUGAUCGGGCCAAGUGAGCUGAGGCCAAGGGGAACACAUCGUGAAAGACCAGCCAAGCCUAGAGGAGACGCCAAGAAGCAAGUCAUUCGGCAGAACAGGCAUAACCCUUCUGGCAAAGAGCGCGAAAGGCAGAGGAAACUCUGACUAUCGGCGCAUUUUGGAUGACAGUGGAUGGAGCUUAAGGCCUUCUGAUUAUAAAUAAAUUAGUCAAGCAGUUCCAUCAAGAUAGUUGCAUUUCAGGAAGGAGAAGAAUUAGCAUAAAGUUGUUUUUGUUGGAUAAAUUAGGGUGAGGCUAUUUGUAGGACAGCAACCCUUUUGGAGAAAAAAGAGUGGGUUGGAUUUAAAUUUAAAUUUAAAUGACUGUUUUAAUUAAUUAAAAUGUUUUGUUGAACCUUUUGAAUAAAACCUGAAAAUGUAGUAACUUUAUGUAACAGAAGUAUAGAAACUUUACUUUUGUAACAAUGGUCAUGUAAUUUACAAAUAUAGGUUUUAUUCAUGUAUCAAAGGUCUGUAAAGCUUAUAUUGGAACCUUCAAUUGGCUGUUUUCUAAUUGUAAUUGAAAUGUUCCUGUCAAUUUACUGGCCAUAUUUGGAAUUUUGGACUGUGUUGUAGGUUUUUCCUCAUUAGCAAUUUUUUUUUUUUUUUUUUUUUUUUUUUUUUUUUUUUUUUUUUUUUGUGGUAAGGAGGACCUUGACUAGACCUCAACUUUCACGGUUUUUUUUGGUCUAGUUUUUACGCAGUGGCGGAGCCAGGAUUUUCAACUUGGGGGGACAAAAUGCUUAACUUACGAAA